AUGUCGGUGUUUGAGCUUGGUGACCGUGCGCUAGUUUAUCAGGGGGAGUUGCUGUAUGAGGCUAAGAUACUCAAGAUUUAUUAUCCCUUGUCAAAGAUAAUAAAAUUCAAUGACGAGAAAACCAAAGAUGUUGCUGAAACCGCACCAGAACCGGUGUUUCUAGAGAAAUAUCGAUCGUCAAAAGCCUAUUUCGUUCACUACAAAGGAUGGAAGUCCAAGUGGGACGAAUGGGUCACACCAGAAAGAAUCUUGCCUUAUAACAAAGAGAACUUAAUCAAACAGAAGGAGUUGGUCCAAAACCAUCGAUCUGGUGGAUCAUCCGUUUCGAACCGACCUAAAGUGAAAUUAACAUUGAAAGGCACAGUUAAGCAGACAAAUAAUGGGCCAUCGAACUUUGCUGAACCCUCUAAAAAGGCUGAGCUGAGAGUCCAAAUACCUGAUUCAAUAAAAUUCGUUUUGGUAGACGACUGGGAAAAUGUGACGAAAAAGCGCAAGCUGGUUCAUCUGCCUUCUAAAGACUGCAUCGCCAACAUUAUAACAGCAUACACUACACAACUUCAACUUACUUCGACGACUCAAGACGAUCCCGCGCUCGACAAUAAGCUUGAAAUUGCUCGCAGCCUACGGCUCUAUUUCAACCAAGCGUUAGGCUCGUUGCUUCUUUACCGUCAUGAGAGGACGCAGUACAAGAUGGUGCUGGAUAAAUUUCCCGACUCUGAGAUGUCGCAAAUCUAUGGAUUAAACCAUUUACUAAGACUUUGCGCCAUUCUGCCCAAUUUAGUGAUACAAUCGACUAUGGACCCACAAAGUAUUUCUCUAGUACGCAACUUUUUGGAGGACUUUUACGUGUUCUUGUGUGCCAACCUGAAAGAUCUUAUUGAAGAUUAUGAAAACGACCUGCCCACGUAUUGA